AAAAAAAAAAAAGAUCCAACUGAAACUUUUGCUCAUGACUAUCUCAAAGAACUCGGCUCUUAUCUUUGGCGGCACUGGUGCGGUGGGGAAAUGUCUUGUCCGUGAUGCUCUUGCCUCCAAGGCUUUCACUCAUGUCCUCACCCUUGGCCGCCGCCCCGUCAAAACAGACGACGGUAGUUUUACAAAUACAGAAGUGAUUGAGCAAAAAGUCGUUGAUUUUGAGAACAUCACCGAGACAUUCCCACAAUCGGACUUGCCUCAGGUAGUGUUUUGUACUUUGGGAACUACACGAGCAGCCGCAGGAGGAGCCGAGGGUUUCAAGAAGAUUGAUCAACAAUACGUACUGGACUCGGCCCGUUAUGUUCAUUACCUCUAUUGUUCUUCUGCAAAUGCGAGUGAGAAAUCAUUCUUCUUGUAUCCCAAGACUAAAGGUGAAACCGAGAAUGCAUUGGCCGCGAUUGGCUUUGAGCGAGUGAGUAUUUUCCAACCUGGGUUCCUCAAGCCUGUUGAACCUCGUGAAUCUGGUAACCGGUUCGCAGAAAUGGCAUGGAUUUGUGGCGAGAAGAAAGCAAGUGUCGGUGUAGAUAAGGUGGCGAAGAGCAUGCGCUAGUCGGACCUCAGAUACGGUGGAAGUGGUGGGCGUGACACCAAGCAGGGUUGAAGUUCAUCCAAAAUCCAAGACACAGGUGGCUUUUUACAGCAAUGCUGAUAUUCACGACAUAGUCAACAACGCGUCAAAGUUGUAAAUUGCAGAUGAAAAGAAACCUACGGAUUGAUCUUAAUCUCUGAAGUAGCAUUUAUCCGACUUGUGCUAGCACUCCUAUUUUGUGUAUGCCACCACUUCUUCAUUAACUAAGAAAAUAAAAGUAUGAAAUAUAGUUAGUCUUAAUAAUUCAUGGACUGAUUGGUUGGAAUCGAAAUGAUAGGACAAGUAUGCAGUGUAAUAAAGAUUGAU